CGCCGCCCGCUUGACAGCUUCCUUGAUUGUAAUGAAGCGUUCGUGUGACGCUGAGCUCGGCAGGUUAAACUGAGCAGGAAGAAGCGAUAGUUCACAGCACUUAGGAAGUAAACAUUUUUUCUUUUUCAAACAGUUUUUGAGUUAAAUUUAAAGAGACGACGCGAAGAUGUCUGUUGCCGGACUGAGGAAACAGUUUUAUAAAGCCAGUCAGCUGAUGAGUGAAAAGGUGGGGGGUGCAGAAGGAACAAAACUGGAUGAGGACUUUAAAGACCUUGAGAGGAAAGCUGACAUCACCAGUAAAGCCAUAACAGACGUACUCUCUAAGACCACAGAAUACCUGCAGCCCAACCCAGCAUCGAGAGCGAAGCUGACCAUGGUUAACACAAUGUCUAAGAUGCGUGGUCAGGUGAAAAACCCAGGAUACCCACAGGCUGAAGGGCUUCUUGGAGAAUGUAUGCUGAAAUAUGGGCGAGACAUGGGAGAGGACACCAACUUUGGUGGUGCUUUAGUGGAGAUGGGAGAAGCAAUGAAGAGACUGGCAGAAAUAAAAGACUCUCUGGACAUUGACGUCAAGCAGAACUUCAUCGACCCUUUCCAAACUAUAGUUGAUAAAGACCUAAAAGACAUACAGCAUCACCUUAAGAAACUGGAAGGCCGUCGUUUGGAUUACGACUACAAGAAGAAGCGUCAGGGAAAGAUUCCCGAUGAAGAGCUGAGACAGGCGGUGGAGAAAUUUCAGGAAUCAAAAGAGGUGGCAGAAACCAGCAUGCAAGACCUUCUGGAUACUGAUGUGGAGCAGGUGAGUCAGUUGGCAGCUCUGGUCGAAUCUCAGGUGCAGUUUCACAGGCAGUCGAUGGAGGUCCUGGAGGAGUUGGCUCAGAAGAUGAGAGAGAGAGUAAACCAGGCUCAGUCACAGCCCCGUCAGAAACGGAUGCCGGCGUCCAGACCCACUUUUGAUCAUUCGGGAGCUGAAGAUGCCAAUGGAGGGUGGAGUCCUGACGGUAAUCCGCCCUCCUAUUCAACCUCAGCGGCAGCCACCGCCUUCAACAGGGCAUCUUCACGCAAAAGCCGUAAUUCGACGGAUCAGCCGUGUUGUAAGGCGCUGUUCGACUUCGAGCCGGAGAAUGACGGUGAGCUGGGAUUCAAUGAGGGUGAGAUCAUCACGCUGACUAAUCAGAUCGACGAGAACUGGUUUGAGGGAACCGUACGUGGCCAGACAGGAUUGUUCCCCUGUAACUAUGUAGAGGUGAUGGUCCCACUCGGACAGUGAUCAGACAAGUAGAGGGCAUCAGGUACAGACACACCUGUGCUACACUGGGGUAAACAUAGGACUACUGCUUCACUAUGAGCACUUUGAACUUGUUAAAGAUGUCGGAGGAUACGUGUCUGGAUUAUGUUAGACCUCAGGUCCAGCCUUGAUGUUUAUCUUAGUAAAAUAAAGAAUUACUGUAUAGUAUGUAAAAAUUAAAUCUGUGGUAAGGGGGUUCAUUUUCCAGUCAAAUAGAUAUUUUUCAUACUAUUUUCCUAUGAGUGCUUCUGUUGGUAAUUACUGCCCUCUAGUGGUCAAAUGUGAAUACAACUAUACUUAAUGUUGGCUGCCAUUUGUCAAUCAUAGCUCAGUGGGCGUGGCCUUGUUGUGACAUGCAUAACUCGUUUUGCUUGAUAAUACAACUGUUUUGAACAUGUUAAGUUCAUUUAAAUAUCAUGCGAAAGUAACUUCUACUAAAGCUAGGUUUGUUACGGGUACCUUAAAUGCUUUUUAUAAAAUAAGCGUGUAUAAAUAAUAAGGUCAAUACUGACCUGUAAUGUGUUUAAGAUACAGAAAAAUAAGCCGAAAAAAAUUGCAUAAUUGUUUAAUUGAAAAUGAAAUAAUGAUUAUGUAAGGUACGGUACAUCUACAGAAAAAGGUACAAAAGGUGUCACUGGGACGUGAAGCACACACAUCACCUUUUCUCUAUUUAUUGAAAUCGUUUUUGAGAAACUGUAAUGUUUAUUUACCAUGAGAACAGAGAGAUACUGUACUAAACUAAACCUCAUAUAUUACUGUUUUCACAGGGAUGUUAGGAAAGGGACAUUUAAGAACCAAUACUGAUUUAGUUUCUCUUCAGGCCAGGUUUAAUAUUUAUCCUAUUAAAUCCAAAUGACCCCGCUUCAGUUUUGUCUCUCACUUACAAAACAUAGUAACACAUAGGACAUCGAAACUGUGCCUUGGGCCUUGUUUAUAAAACAGUAAUUUACGAAACCGAUUUCUGUGUACAUUGAUCAUACUGUAAACAAACUUCUUAUGUAAAUUGUCACAUUGACCUUUAGUUUACCUCAAAAAGAAAGGAUUUAUGAAUGAUUGCCAUAUAUAAAUGAAUUCUGCUGGUGUUUUAUACUGCUGUGGGUAACCAAAUGUUUACAUACUUAUAACGUUGUAUUUAAAGUCGGUUUUGUGUUCACCUUCUAUUGUAUUGAUGUUAUUCUUUAUUGUUAAUGUCUAUAACGCCUGCAAAUAGCAGAUAACUUACAGCAAGUCUCUUUAAAUACCGAAUUUAAAUAACUCCCCAUGUUGGUCUUAAACUGACAGCGAUGUUUUUGCAAUACGUGUUGAUGAUAUCUUUGAAUAAUGUGCCAAAGGGAGAAACUGGAUCAGUUUCGAUUUGCAGGCUUUUCAGGGCAGAUCCAGGUGGAGCUGAUCAAGUUUCACAUGCAUUUGUUUUCUUCCCAAAUCAUUUUUUUGGAAUAGUGACUGCAAUAAGAUGUGUAUAGGUAGUAAAUGCUUAAAAAUAAAAGGAUCCAGUUUUAUUUUGUUUAAAGUUAGUAGUGUAAAAGCAUCAAAACUGAUUCAGGGAUUCAUACAGGUUGCUUUUACGUCAUCGUGUAUUUGGUAUUACCGAGUACCAUGAUGUACCAUCAGCCCUUACUGUAUUUCAAAGCAGGAGGGUAAGAUUGCGCCAGCACAUAUUUACUUAUGCAAUUUGUAUCCUAGAGUGGCCUAAAAUAAACCAGCUGUUUAAUUAGUUUAUUUGCCUGACCUGCCCUGUGAAACUAUAUAACAUUGUGCUAAUUUCCAUAUGCUGCUUGUAAAUACUGUAUGCUUAACAUCUUACACCUCUGAAUGAUUAAGUGCCUUACUGAUGCUUUAAAUGUUGGUUACACUACGAUUAAAUGAAUAUUUUUAUAUAUGUUGGGUCUAUGGAAAAACUAUAGAGUCAGAUUAUUUGUCCCUAAUAAACAUUAUCAGACCUUAAUCUGAAAUCAGGUUCAAGAUUAAUGUUAUAGGUUAUUAGAAAGUAUUGAAUUAUUAUUAUUUUUGAAUCAGUAUUUCCUGACAUUUGAUUUAUUUCUGUUGUCCAGGGAUAAGAGAACUGUGUAUUUUUAUCUUAAUAAACAUGGAAAAAUUUG